AUGGGAAAGUUGUGCAUUCCCAAUUGCUUUGUUCAUGAGUUGCUGGUUAGAGAAGCAUAUGGAGGGGGACUUGCUAGCCUUUUUGGCAAGAAGAAGACAUUAGGGACCUUGAAAGAGCACUUCUUCUCGCCUAGCAUGAUGAAAGAUGUGCACAAAGUGGUAGAGAAGUGUGUGGCAUGCAAAAAGGCUAAAAGCAAGGAGUUGAUGCAAGGGUUGUACACGCAUUUCCCUGUUCCAAGUCAUCCUAGGAGCAUGAAAGAGAGAUUUCCUAGCCAGAAAAAGUCCAAGUUGAAGCCAAGAGUUGAUGGUCCAUUUAGAGUUGUGGAGAGAAUCAAUGAUAAUGCCUACAAGAUAGAUUUGCCUAGCGGGUACAAUGUUUCUGCCACUUUUAAUGUAAGGGAUCUUUUUCCUAGCUUGGAAGAUGAUUUUGAAGAUGGGGAAGAGUUAGAUUUGAGGGCAAAUCCCAAUUAA